AUGGCUGGCUAUUCCCAAUCCAUGAUGGCCCUCAAGGGAGUGGUCCUCGGCGCUCUCUUGCUUGUCGGCACCGGAAGCGGCGUGGCUGCCGGCAAGGCCGGCACCAUGCAGGUAGUCGGAAACUCUGGUGUUUCGGCCCAGAUGAUGUUCCUCGGCACUGAACAGAAAGUGUACAUUCUCGACAAGACCGAGAACAACCCGCUCAAGGUCAACGGACACCCGGCCUGGGGAGUCGAGUACGACAUCAACUCGAACAACAUCCGCGCAAUGGAGGUGAGGUCCAACACCUUCUGCGCCGGUGGCAUGACCCUUGGCGAUGGCCGAUGGCUCGUCACGGGCGGCAACAAGGCGGUGACCACCAACGGUGCCGAUGCCAAGUCUGGCCAGGGCUACGGAGCGUACAACGGCGGACGCGCGCUUCGAUUCCUUUCGCCCUGCGACAACCAGCAGUGCCAGUGGGACGACCAAGCCAGCAACCAGCUCAACACGGAAAGGUGGUACCCCACCGUCGAGCCGCUUGCCGACGGCCACAACAUCAUCCUUGGAGGCAUGCGCGAUGGAGGCUUCGUGCCCAGCCAGGGCUCCAACAACCCCACCUACGAGUUCUACCCGAUCAAGGGAGACGGAGGCAGCCGCAACCUGCCCAUCCUCCAGCGCACCGUUCCGCUGUCGCUCUACCCGAUCGCGUACCUCAUGUCGUCGGGUGAGGUCUUUAUCCAGGCGGGUCGCGAAGCCAUCCUGUGGGACUACAAGAAAAAGAGCGAGCGUGCCCUUCCUACCAUCCCCGGUGCGCCUCGUGUCUACCCUGCCUCGGGAGGAUCGGCUCUGCUUCCGCUCAGCGCCGAGAACGGCUACAAGGAGACCGUGCUCUUCUGCGGUGGCAUGAGCCUCGGAAAGACAUCCAACUGGGGCAACGAGGGUGGCCCUACCAUCGCUGUUUCUCAGCUGCCAGCAUCGACAUCGUGUGAGCAGAUCAGCCCUAUGGCUGGAGGUGCCUCUUGGGAGGCCGUCGAUGACCUGCCGCAGGGCCGAUCCAUGGGUCAAUUCAUCCAGCUUCCCGAUGGCAAGCUGUGGUUCGGCAACGGUGUCACCACCGGUGUCGCUGGCUACAACACCAACCCCAACGCUCCUGGUCGCCCCGUGGGUGAGUCGUACGGCGACAACCCCUCGUACCAGCCGCUUGUGUACGACCCCAAGGCGAGCAAGGGCAACCGCUGGAAGCGCGUCGGAAGCUCCAACAUCGGCCGUCUGUACCACUCGUCGGCUACGCUGCUUCCGGACUCGUCCAUCCUCGUCGCCGGCUCGAACCCGAACGCGGACUACAACACCAACACCAAGUGGAAGACCGAGUACCGCGUCGAGCGCUGGUACCCCGAGUUCUACGAUGCUCCGCGUCCCUCCAACGGUGGCUUGCCUCGCACCUUCUCGUACGGCGGCAACGGCUUCUCCAUCACGCUGCCCUCGGCUGCAGAUGCGCAGAAGGCCAAGGUGGUGCUUGUGCGCACCGGAUUCUCCACGCACGGUAUGAACAUGGGUCAACGCAUGAUCGAGCUCGAGACCACUCGACAGGGCAGCAAGCUCAACGUUGCCCAGCUGCCGCCCAACCCGAACCUGUUCGCUCCUGGCCCUGCGCUCGCCUUUGUGGUCGUCAACGGCGUGCCGAGCCAAGGCAAGAUGGUCAUGGUCGGCAACGGCAGGAUCGGCGGCCAGCCCGUCGCCGCCAAGACCAACCUGCCCGCAGGCAAGCGCGACGAGAUGCUCGAGACUCGCAACAGCUCGCUGCUCGAGCGCGACCUCGACCACCUAGCUUCGCAGCUCGGCCACGACGACGUGCUCCGACGCAGCGGCCUGCACGCGCGUCACCACAAGAGCUCCACCGACCGUCUUUGA